AUGAACCCGCAGCUAUCGAUUAACGCGUACGGCUACAAAGAUACGUUUAUACAUGGUUUGGAAAUUUUCCCUGUACGCGUUAGUUCGAACACUGCGGGGCAGAAAAUUCAUCUAUUGGCUGUGGAGAAUGGGAACAGUCACCACUUUUGCUGGAUAAAAAAUUUAGCAAAGUUGUGUCGAUCGGGUAUAACAAAAUUCGAGCAUAAAAUAUUUUUAUGUGAUCGAUGUCUCAACUAUUUUGCUACAGAAAUCAAACUCCAACAGCAUUCAGUAAAUUGUGGUGAAAAAGAAGCGGUGCGGGUACGAAUGCCUGAAACUGAUGACGAGCGGUUCGUUGAGUUUCAGAAAUUUUCUCAUCAAGAACCAAUUCCAUAUAUUGUAUAUGCAGAUUUUGAGGCGUUAUUGGUACCACAACAUCAUGAAGACAUGGAAAUGGAUCAUGGGUCUUAUACACAAAAUAUUCAAAAACAUGUACCCUACAGUGUAGGUUACUAUGUUCAUUGUACCCAUGAUCCCAACCAAUCGUUUUAUAAGGCAUACCGUGGUACUGAUUGCGCAAAAUGGUUUGUUAAAGAACUGGAACAGGUUGCGUAUACAUUGGAAAAGAAAAUUAAACAUGUUGAACCAAUGACACCGCUCACCAUCGAACAAGAAAUGGAGUUUCUGUGUGCAGAAAAGUGUCAUAUUUGUAAAAAAUCUUUUACACCAACAAAUAGUAUCCGUGUGCGUGACCAUUCACACAUCACAGGUUAUUACAGAGGUCCAGCACACCAAAUUUGUAACUUAAAUUAUCAAACUUCAAAGGUGAUACCUGUUGUGAUGCAUAAUUUAAGCGGAUAUGAUGCACAUUUUAUAAUAGAACCUCUGCUAACAGAAUUCGAUGGCCAUGUUGAUGUGUUGCCCAUCAACAAAGAAAAGUACAUCAGUUUUACCAAACACGUCUCGGACAUUCAAUUACGAUUCAUUGAUUCCUUUAAGUUUCUCUCUGAAAAAUUAGAUAAUCUGGCUUCCUAUUUAGAUAAUGAUACAAAAACUAUUUUGCAUAGAGAGGUCAGUGAUGAUGAUCAAUUUCAAUUGUUAACAAGAAAAGGUGUAUUUCCUUAUGAAUACAUGUCUAGUUGGGAACGUCUUGAUGAGGUAAGCUUACCCACAAAAGAGGCGUUCUACAGUGCAUUAACAGAUGAGCACAUAACGGAUCAGGAUUAUAAUCAUGCUAUACAAGUAUGGAAUACAUUUGGUUUACAUACACUAGGUGAAUACUCUGACCUGUAUAUGAAAACUGAUGUGUUUCUACUUGCGGACAUUUUUGAAAAUUUCCGUAAAACUUGUUUGCAUAAAUAUGGCCUUGAUCCAGCUCACUCUUAUACACUAGCUGGCUACACAUGGGAAGCCAUGUUGAAAUACACCGAUAAGAAACUGGAAUUGUUCACUGAUGUAGAUAAGUUUCUGUUUAUCGAGAGGGGAAUCAGAGGUGGUGUGAGUCAUUGCUCUAAUCGCUAUGCAAAAGCUAAUAAUAAGUACAUGACAGAGGGGUAUAAUCCAAAUGAAACACAACAUUAUUUGAUGUAUUACGAUGUGGUGAAUGAAUAUGGAGCAGCAAUGUCUACAUCUUUACCCACUGGAAAUUUCGAGUGGGUUGACACACCAGACGUCAUGGAAAUUGCAGACGAUUCACCAAUCGGUUUCAUUUUAGAAGUGGAUCUGGAAAUACCCCAAAAUCUGCAUGAUUACUUUAGCGAUCUACCACCAUGUCCGGAGAUAGCAAAACCACCAGGCUCAAAACAAAAAUACCUGCUUACAACUCUCGAAUAUAAAGGACAUGCGAUUAAGUCGGCUACAAGAAGCGAUAUUGAUGUAGAUCAAGCUACUUCAUCACCAGAAGAGAAAAAUAAGGAUGAGAAAAAAUCUGAUGAUGAAUAUAAAUCAUUAACUGAUUAUUUUAAAGAGACUUUAGGGAGUUUAGUUAAGGAUGUUAAAAUAUCUAAAAAACUGACUUCAAGCCCUGCUUGUCUUGCCGUUAGUGAAGCUGCUAUGGAUAUUCGUAUGGAGCGAUUUUUGAUCGAGCAGAAGCAAAUAGCUGCUGCAUCCGCUAAAAAUCUAGAGCUGAAUCCCAAAAAUAAGAUCAUAGAAAAAAUAUUUAAUGACUUAAAACCGAAUUAUAAAAAUAUUGAGGAGCUAGUUAAGUUAAUAUUUGAUCAAGCUUGUAUUUUAGAGGGUGAACCGGUAGCAGAUACAGGGGCUUUCUCAAAAAGACUUAAUGAUAUUGUACAAAAAGCUAAAUUAUAG